AUGGCCUCACGUUGUGCCAGGGGACGCUUAGAUUGGACCCAUGAGGGGGUCCUGGCCAUACCCUGGGGGGUUCCCCUUGUGUUGUCCCUUCACCUGCUCUCCUGUUGCCUCCUGCAGGGCCCCCCGCGCUGCUCCUCCCUGCAGGCCCCCAUCAUGCUGCUCUCGGGGCACGAGGGGGAGGUGUAUUGCUGCAAGUUCCACCCCAAUGGCAACACCUUGGCCUCUGCUGGCUUCGACAGGCUGAUCUUGCUGUGGAAUGUCUACGGGGACUGUGACAACUUUGCCACCCUGAAGGGACACAGCGGGGCAGUCAUGGAGCUGCACUAUAACACAGAUGGCAGCAUGCUUUUCUCAGCAUCCACUGACAAAACCGUGGCUGUGUGGGACAGUGAGACUGGAGAGAGGGUGAAGAGGCUGAAGGGCCACACGUCCUUUGUCAACUCCUGCUACCCGGCGCGGCGGGGACCGCAGCUGGUCUGUACCGGCAGCGACGACGGGACGGUCAAGCUGUGGGAUAUCAGGAAAAAAGCUGCUGUCCAGACAUUCCAGAACACAUACCAGGUCUUGGCUGUCACCUUCAAUGACACCAGUGAUCAGAUCAUAUCUGGAGGCAUCGACAACGAUAUUAAGGUUUGGGACCUUCGCCAGAACAAGCUCACCUACACCAUGAGGGGACAUGCAGACUCAGUGACUGGCCUCAGCCUGAGCUCAGAAGGCUCCUACCUGCUCUCCAAUGCCAUGGACAACACAGUUCGCAUCUGGGAUGUGCGGCCCUUUGCCCCCAAAGAGAGAUGUGUGAAGAUUUUUCAGGGGAACAUACAUAAUUUUGAAAAGAAUCUUCUGAGGUGCUCUUGGUCCCCAGAUGGAAGUAAAAUAGCAGGGGGAUCUGCUGACAGGUUUGUCUAUGUGUGGGACACCACAUCCAGGAGGAUUUUGUACAAGCUGCCAGGCCAUGCUGGAUCAGUGAAUGAGCUGGCUUUCCAUCCAGAGGAACCCAUUAUCCUCUCUGCAUCCAGUGACAAGAGACUGUACAUGGGGGAGAUCCAGUGAAGCCCACGAGGAGAUGCUGGGAUUC